CAGCUGCGGGCAUCCCGGAAGGGGAAGGGGCAGGGCCACUCUGCGCGCGCCGCGGCCUGGAGCAUUUGAAGCGCGCGCAGGCGCGAGUGGCGGCGGAGGGGCGGGGUCCCCGGCGGCUGCGUGUUCUGGGGGCUUCAGAGGAAGUGUAAUGUCUCAGGAAGGCAGUUACGGGAGGUGGACGAUAUCCAGUAGUGAUGAAAGCGAGGAGGAAAAGCCAAGACCGGACGAGCCAUCUACCUCUUUUCUCCCGCACGCUGAGCAGGGAGCAGCCAGUGAGGCAAAGUACACCUGUUCCGAGGCUCGGAAAGCUGCCCACAGGAGGAAGAUCGCACCCGUGAAAUUCAGCAACGCAGAGUCCGUUUCAGAAGCUUCACCUCCCAAAAGGCAGAAGGGCGGUUCCCAGGAAGACCUGGGCUGGCAUCUCUCCAGCAGUGAGGAUGAGCUGCCAACUAAUUCAGAACCUUUGAAUGGUGUAUUCCCUUCAAGAUGUAUUUUAGGUUUGUUUAUGAGUAUUGUAGCAAAUUGUCCAUGUAGUUUCUUUGAAUUCAAUAACCAAACACUUCUCCUUAUAGACUGCUUUUCUGAAUUGCCCGUGACUUCUUUUCUUCCCCCCAUCCAGUUUAACUACUGCUUUGAUGUGGACUGGCUCGUAAAACAGUAUCCACCAGAGUUCAGGAAGAAACCAAUCCUGCUCGUGCAUGGCGACAAACGCGAAGCAAAGGCUCACCUACAUGCCCAGGCAAAGCCUUAUGAAAACAUUGCCCUCUGCCAGGCAAAGUUGGAUAUUGCAUUUGGAACACACCACACGAAAAUGAUGCUACUGCUGUACGAAGAAGGCCUCCGGGUUGUCAUACACACCUCCAACCUCAUUCACGCCGACUGGCACCAGAAGACACAAGGAAUAUGGUUGAGCCCCUUGUACCCACGAAUAGUCCAUGGGACCCACAGAUCUGGAGAAUCAACCACACACUUUAAAGCUGACCUCAUCAGCUACUUGAUGGCUUGUAACGCCGCUCCCCUCAAGGAGUGGAUAGAUACCAUCCAGGAGCACGACCUCUCAGAAACAAAUGUUUACCUUAUUGGCUCAACCCCGGGACGCUUUCAAGGAAAUCAAAAAGAUAACUGGGGACAUUUUAGGCUUAGGAAGCUUCUGAAAGAGCAUGCCUCAUCCAUACCUAAAGCAGAGUCCUGGCCUAUAGUAGGUCAGUUCUCAAGCGUUGGCUCCAUGGGGGCCGAUGAAUCAAAAUGGUUGUGUUCUGAGUUUAAAGAGAGCUUGGUGACACCUGGCAAGGAAAGCAGGACCCCAGGAAGUACUGUUCCUCUUCAUCUGGUGAGUGCUUCUCCUCCUUGAGGUCACCGUUCUUAUCCUCUGGUCCAGGAGAAGAAUCAAGUAAGUCCUCUUUGUCAUAGAGAGAUGUUUCAUUCCGUGGUUUGGGGACGGAAACAGCAGUACAUUAGCAUAGUCAUUUGUAAUCAAGUGGCCCUAAUAUCAUUUGGUGCUGGGAGAGUGCUGGUUUGUUCAGAGCUCCAUCUCAGCCACAGACUAGGCGGCGAAUUCUCCAUUCCUUCCUUCAGGUCGUCAAGCCAAGGGAAAAAAUACUUGAUAAAUCAUUGCCAGCAGAAUUACAAGCAUUAUUUUUUUUUUAAAUUUAUUUAUCUAUUUAUUUAUUUUUGGCUGUGUUGGGUCUUCGUUUCUGUGCGAGGGCUUUCUCUAGUUGCGGCGAGCGGGGGCCACUCUUCAUCACGGUGCGCGGGCCUCUCACUAUCACGGCCUCUCUUGUUGCGGAGCACAGGCUCCAGACGCGCAGGCUCAGUAAUUGUGGCUCACGGGCUUAGUUGCUCCGCGGCAUGUGGGAUCUUCCCAGACCAGGGCUCGAACCCGUGUCCCCCUGCAUUAGCAGGCAGAUUCUCAACCACUGCGCCACCAGGGAAGCCCGGUCGAAGGUUUUAAAAAAAAAAAAAUUGGGGGUAGGAACAUUGGGCAUGACUGUAGCUUCAAGAACAAGUUGGUAGAAUAAGGGGAAUCGCUAAAAAUUGCUUUUCCCCUUCAGCUUUAAUUCUAGAGGCAAUACAGCCAUUUUAAUAAAUGGGAAAUUGAGGCACCUUAAGGUAAAAAUUUAAACAUCACAAAGUAGGUUCUCCAACAAAUAUGGGGCAUGGAAACUAGUUAUUAAUAGGGUGGCAACUAUGGCAUUUUUUUCCAGAUUUUUAUACCUAGGAAGGGUUUGUUCCCUAAAGUAGUAAGACUAUAAAAGAAUAUCUGACUACCUGAACUGAAAUUUUAUUUUUUUGCUUUUUAAAAAAAAUGAUUUUUCUCUAUUGGAAUACUGACAUCUGUGCAAUUUUAACUCUGGUAUACCGUGAACUGAACUUUAUUCUUUACAAGGAAAAGACAAAAGUUUGAAAUGUAUGUUUGAACCAAAUUAAAUUGCCAUUUUUGUAUGUUAAAUUCAUGUGGUUGACCCUAAGACAACUUCUUAGGGCCCAGUGUUUCUGGUUAAGAGAAAUGUUUUCCACCCUGUAUCAGAUUCCAUCAUGACCCUAUUCUUUCACAUUUACUCCUAAUGUACCCUGUAUGCCCAUUAUUGAAAUUCAACAGCACUAAAGCCUAGUUUUACAACAGGUCAAAUUUCAUUUCUUAGUUUUCCCAUUCUAUAAAAUAUACCAUUCCUUGAUUUUUGAAAAAUGCUGAAGCCAGUAUUUACUGGAAAACAAUUCACUCUGUAUUCAGGUUAUGCAAUGUUUUUGGAAAUGUUUACCUAUAGCGUGUAGGUUAGCUAAAAUCUUUCAUCAUCCAAGACUUCUCUCUAACCCCAUGUAAAAUGACUACGACUGUUCCCUCACCCAGAAGCCGCAUUCUUGAGUAUAGAGCUAUUUGGUAAAGCACUUGACAGCUGGUAGGGGCUCUCCCAGGGGUAAGUGCUAAUUUCUAUGCAGAAUCUGUAGAUUACACCCAGCAUCUAUCAAGUUAAGGAUUAGAUCACCUAAAAUCUGAACUGUUAGCCACUCACCAGCCUGGCCAGCCUGACACCGUGCCAGCAAGAAUACAAAAGAUCUAGGAGCCCUUCAGAGACACCUGGUCCCUUGUACACAGGUGCAAUCUGUUUGGCUUCUGAGGCAAUUUCCACUAGUCCAUUUUAAAUGGGUUUGGCAGAUGAGAUAACAGGUACUUCAUGUGAAAGAAAUGUUAUGAAUACCAGUUUAUGGUUUAGGAUCUCUAACAUGCAGAAAGAACCAGGAAAGUGAAGUAGUAUAGAAAUUAAGAGAAAUCCAGAGUCAAAUGAAAAGAGGUUAAUGUUCUUCAAUUGUUAUAUCUUCAAUUGUUAUAUCUUCGUCUAGGAUUGAUCCCUCGGUCAUUAUGCAGUGAAGAGUCUUUAUUUUAAAGUAUAUUUUGUCUGAUAUGAGAAUUGCUACUCCAGCUUUCUUCUGAUUUCCAUUUGCAUGGCAUAUCUUUUUCCAUCCCCUCCAUGCUGGAUGACGUCUAAGCCCAAAGGUCCAAGGAGGAAGUGAGUCUAUCUCUUCCCAGGCUUGGUGCCAGGUAGAACUCACCUUUGCACGCUAAUGCAAGGGUGAGGCCUGCGUGGGUGAGUCUUCCGCGGGAGCAUUAUUUUCCCUCUCAAAAUCCCUUCUUGGAUAUGUGAGAAAUCCAUAGUCCUCCUUUUAUAAAACUCGACUGCAAUUCUUGUGAACUUUAUUUUGUAUGAGAUUGUCCUUCCCCUGCCUGCCAUGAUUUACAAAUUCAUAGCACAAAACAUUUUACCUUGGCUGACAAAUGGCACAGAGCCCUAAUCUCAUAUCUGUAAUAACCAAGGAGGCAGUAUGGGUUGCUGGUUAACAGCAUGAUCUCUGACCAGUGCCUGGGUUGGAAUCCUUAGUUGUGACCUUUGGCAAGUGAAUUACCCUUGAUGUGCCUUAGUUUGGACGCACAUAGGCACUCACAAUAUAGGUGCUAUUAUUACACUUACUUCUUUCUGUUCCUUACCCCUAGUGGAAUAAGUCUCAUGAAAAGUGUAGAUUUGCCUGUCUUCUUCCCCUGGGUCAGGAGCUCAGUAAAUAUUUUUUUUUAAAGAUUUUUUUUGAUGUGGACCAUUUUUAAAGUCUUUAAUGAAUUUAUUACACUAUUUCUUCUGUUUUAUGUUUUGGUUUUCUGACCGUGAGGCAUGUGGGAUCUUAUCUCCCCGACCAGGGAUCGAACCCACACUCCCUGCAUUGGAAGGCGAAGUCCUAACCACUGGACCGCCAGGGAAGUCCCAGUAAAUGUGUUUUGAAUGAAAGAAUGAAUACGGAGAAAAAAGGGGAAAGUGAGAAUCUCAGUGUGAAGCUGGGGGGAAAAGGAGGGGCAGGAAAUGAAAGAAGGGGCAGAAUCAGGGGUGGAAGAGGCCUCUGCUUGGAAUAUGCUUGAAUGUCCUGGGAAAUGAGGCUUUGUCCCUCGUGCAAUACAAGGACAUGAGGGACCAGACCUAGGACCUGUCUGUCCCCCACCCCCACCCCUGCUUAGCUU